AUGCGCGGUUUGGUGGCCACGGCUGCCAUCCCUGCCGGAGGGGUCAUCGGCGAGUACCUUCGACACAUGGACCUGUUUGGACCUCCGUGCAACAAUGGCCCCGUUAACGACGGCUACAGGAUGCAUCUUCGCACCAGGACGGCCGGGAACAAGUAUGUGGGCAUCGACGCGCUGAAUGUCGGCGGGGAGCUCCGCUUCCUUAACCAUGCUUGCAACCCGAGCGCUAGAUUCCAUGAAGUCCAAACGGGCCAGCGGCUGACCAUCGAAGCCGUCACUAUCCGAGACGUCUACCCGGGUGAAGAGGUGACCGUGUCGUACGCUGACAAGAUGUGGUUCCUUUGCCGUUGCGGGUGGUCGGGCUGCCAGCACCGCGAUCUACAGCACCUGCACGAAUGUGCGGAGACUUCGUGA